UAGAGACGACUGAACCCAAAACCUCCACAAAAAUGGCGGAAAACCCCUCUCCGCUUCUCCUCCACCUCCAAAAACUCCCGCCAUCGACCUCCGAGCAAACCCUAGCCCGAGUCCUCCAAACCCUCUGGUCCACAAGGCAAACGGGUCUCGGAUCCACCCAAAGAUCCGAGCUCCACACCCUCCUCUCCCUCCCAGCUCCCGACGACCUCGACCCAGUUGUGGCGUGCCUGCGUUUGGUUGUUAGGAAGUGCGUUGGGGGGGAGGAUGCGCAGGAGUUGUUGGGGGAUGUCGAUUUCGAUGCCGAGGUGAGACGAGUUCUUGUGGGUUUGGUUCAAAAGUAUCAGGAUCACUGGAAGGAGGAAAAGGAGCAGCCUCUGUGGCAACAAACAAGGGUAUCGCAUCAGGUUAAAGUCAAUACCCUGCCUCCUCUUAAACUGUUCCCUAAUUCAGAACUGUUGGCAUCAUCAUGGCCACGGCAAGAAGAUGUGACCGGCUAUCCUAGCAAUGGAAAUCUUGAUGGUCAAGUUGCAGGCUUUGCAGAUCCAAACAUUUCUCACUCAGGGUCAGUGUCACUUCAUCAGGAUAAGGAUUCCUCUAAGAAUAUGGCAAUUAUUCCCCAGCUCAAAUCGAUGACAUGGAAGAUGGAGAAGCGAAACUUAACACCAGAAAAUCGAGUGGCUGUCGUCACUCUGAAGCUCCAAGAUUAUACAAAGUCUCCAUCAGGGGAAGUGGAGGUGAAGUUUCAGCUUACAAAGGACACACUGGAGGCCAUGUUAAGAUCAAUGACUUGCAUCAGCGAGCAGCUCUCAAAAACUGUGGUCUCACAAUCGGAACCAUCAUCAAAGAAACAAAGACAGUAGUGUCAGUGUUCCCCAAGCCUCCUCUUGCUUGUUCAUACUGAUUUCAUGAACAAAACUGGUCAAAACUUUUGAAGAUUAAAUAGCGAGAGUUAUGAAGAUGUAAAACGUUGCAGUCUUUUGUAUACCAUAUUGUAGUAUUGCAGCAGAACAGAAUUUGUUAACUUAUGUAAUCAUUUUCAUCCAUCAACAAAACUAUAAUAUUCUUUGGUUCGUCAA